CGGCUGGAGCGAGAAUUCGGCCGCUGCUGCCGCAACGAGAGCCUGAGCUGCGCCCACAGAGCCUGGAUGAAGGGGCUGAAUCGGUUCUGCCAGGAAGAGUCCUCGAUAAAGACGGGGCAGCACCGGUGCUGCCAGCGGGGGGGUCCCCGGCUCCGGGCCCGCUGCUUCGCCUCCGCCGCCCCCCACCCCGAAUACGAUCGGGAGCUGCACAACGUGAGCCUGGCCCGGCCCGGCACCGCCCUGCUGCGCUCGCUCUGCGGCCCCACUCGGCUCUUCACACAGAGGCGGCCGGUGCCGGAGCUGCUGGGGGCCAUGACGGCCGCGUGUUGCCCUCUGCCCGCCCCGGAACGCGGCACCUGUGCCCGGGAGCAGCUGUCCCAGGGCAUCGCCACGCUCUGUGCCACCCCCCAGGACGCCUGGCGGGACCCCCAGGGCUGCUGCUCGCUGGAGGAGCCCGAGCGGCGCCGCUGCUUCGACAGCACCUACCUGAGCCAGGUGACCCUGGGGGCCGCCGUGGCCCCCCCGCCCCCUGGCCACGAGGAGUGA